GUGCGUGGGUUCGAGUCCGGUGUUCCACGGGCUGGUGCGGCUGAGGAGGCUGGCGUUCGGAGGUCCGGCUCUGGAGGAGAUAAAGAUGGCAGCUCUGUCAGGGGUCACCGAGCUGGAGACGCUCACAGUUCACGCCAACAACCUGAGCAGGUACGAGUCCGGGGCUCUCUCGUACGUUUGGCCGUUGGGUUGCGUCACUUUGAGCCUCCAUGGACCAUUUCUGACAAACAUGGCAUUGGCCUCGGCCGUGCUCCGUGACGUGUCCUACCCUGAGACGCCCAUCGUUCUGGAAGACCUCCAUCUGAUUGGGAACCAGUCCACUCAGCCUCUCAGAGAGUUGGCCAAGAGGAGGGUCAGGAACAUGACCUUCCGUAACCUUUCCGUCUCUGAUGAGGCCACCGUCAGCGUCAUAGAGAUUUUAGACGGAGUGCCGCUCACAUACUUUUCCCUCGAUGGCGUCACGCUAACGGGUGAAGGCAGGUGGGAAAAAGCCAGUUGGGCCGAUUUUCACAGCAUCGACGAGUUCUUCAUACAAAACAUUGUGGUUCUGGAUGUUUUCAAGUUCGUCUCAUUACUGCGAUUGAAGUUUCUGCUGCAGUACCCCAGGAGGGUGUCCGUCAUAAACUCCAGGAUGUUUGUGAUUCCCUGCGACACGACCUUCCUGAUGUCCAGCCUACAGUACCUGGACCUGUCCGACAACCUGCUGACCGACAUGACUCUGGCCGAGACGCUGUGCAGCAAGAGAGGGGCGCUGAAGGACCUCCGAGUUUUAAACAUCAGCGGAAAUGCUCUUAAGUCUUUGUCUACGUUGAGUCGAUUGGUGGAGAGGCUCCACAAACUGACCCACCUGGACAUCAGCAGGAACUUCUACAGCUCUAUGCCUGGCAGCUGCUCCUGGCCCUCCACUCUGCGAUACCUCAACAUCUCUGGGGCUAAACUCACCACCAUCACUCCUUGUCUGCCCAAAACUCUGGAGGUGUUGGAUCUGAGUAACAACGAUCUUCAAGGCGUCACUGUGGCCCUGCCUGCCCUGAGAGAGCUCCGCCUUUCAGGGAACAAGCUUCUGAGGCUCCCCCCUGGAAGCUGGUUCCCCAACCUCCAAACUCUGACUGUACAGUCAAACACCUUGAACAUGUUCGAUCGCUCGGACCUCCGGUCAUUUCCACGACUCCAGAACCUCCAGGCAGGUCAGAACAAGUUCGUCUGCACCUGUGACUUCGUGGCCUUCCUCCAGUCGAGCAUUAGAGGGGAUGAAGAUGUGCGUUUAACAGACGGAGAGGAGAGCUACAUCUGCGACUCUCCUUUCCACCUGCAGGGGGAACCAGUGGGUCAAAUUUAUCUCUCAUUUGUCCUUUGCCAUCGGGAUUUGUUCGUGUCCCUGUGCUGCGGUGUAGCGUUAGUGGUUGGGAUUCUGGUCUGUGUGCUGCUGUGGCGCCUACACGCCCUCUGGUACCUCAGGAUGAUGUGGGCGUGGCUGAGGGCCAAGCACAGCUCUCGGCGCCGGCGGCGCCUCAGAAAUCGAUUGGAAUCAGAGGCGCUGCUUUCCUAUGAUGCCUUCGUUUCCUACAGUGAAAAAGACGCCGGGUGGGUGGAAACCUUCCUGGUGCCUGAGCUGGAGGAGCCGAGGGAGACCGAUGAAGAUUCUGUGAAUCACACAGACCCUCGGCCGCUGACUCUCUGCCUCCACAAGCGGGACUUCCUUCCUGGACACUGGAUAAUGGACAACAUCAUGAGCGCCAUGGAGCGCAGCCGGCGGACUGUCUUCGUUCUUUCCCAGAACUUCGUCCAAUCUGAUUGGUGCCGCUACGAGCUGGACUUCUCCCAUUUCUGGCUUUUCGAUGGGGACACCAGGGGAGAGCCGGCCAUCUUGAUCCUGCUGGAGCCGCUGUCCAAGGACGAUGUCCCCAAACGCUUCUGCAAACUGCGCAAACUCAUGAGCUCCACCACGUACCUGGAGUGGCCUCAGGAGGAGGAGAGGAGGGGGGAGUUCUGGAGGAGUCUCCGAAGCGCUUUGAGAGGAGACGGAGAGGAGGACGAGUGAGAAAGACAAAGUGAUGAAGACAAGUUUCAAAUCAGUCACAGAAAAAUGUAAAUGCGAGAUUUUUAAUAAAUUUAAUACAUUUGCAAACAUUUAAAAAAAAUAUGUUUUCAAUUGUCAUUAAGAAUUAUUAAGAGUCAACUGAUGGAGAAAAACUUCAACUUCAUCCAUUUAAGAUGAAGAACUGGAACAAAGUGGAUUUGAACACGUGAAGCCAGAAAACUCUGUUCAGUCCCAAAUAUUUCAAUAAAACUGAGAAUAAAUUCCAAAUGAAACGUUUCUAUUGUUUGACUAAGCUGCAGAAUUUCAACAUCUCUGAACAACUUAAAACACUUUGUCGUGGUUCUCUUAAAAUAUUGAAUAAAUACAAAUGAUCAGCAGCAACAUGAGUUAGUGCAGAAAGACGAAAAUAAAACCUUUCCAGGAUCAAUAGUUAUUCAAAGUGUGACUCCAUGAUUGAUCUUCGACAGCAUGUUUUACUUUCUUCUUCACGCGAUGUCGGCUCCGCAGCAGCGAUUACAAAUCUACAAAAACGUGUUCCGAGAAAUAUUUACCCCGACUGCUACAAUAAGUUUAACACAUCAGCUUCAGCACAUUAACAUAUAAUGAAACAGAAACGUUUCAAAUGAAAGUUCACUUACAAGUAAAACAUACAUGAAAUGUAAACAGGUUUUAUGUGAACCACAACUGUUUGUAAUCAAAGUGCAAAGAGCUGAGCAGGAGCUUGUUAUGUCGAAGGAACCAGGCGGAGUGCAAAUAAAACUUUCAAAAGCGUUUUCAUGGCACAAAACAAAGGUUAAACUGAAGCAACUGAAGCAACGUAGUCCAGAAAA